AACGCAUCUAUGCUAGGCUGUAAUAAAAAUAGGAGGAGGGUUCGUAACAUUGUUUUGCAAUACUAGGCAUGAAUUGACGGUAAGUGGAAGAGGAAAGUAGGUCUCCGAUUCGUCGGUGAAUGCAGGUGUCAUUCUUACGUUUCCCGCUCAGAACCAGUGAUGAGAGAGAUUAGAGAUGCCUGGUCUCUUGGACACAUGAUCUUUACUGGAUAUCACAACUCUACGGGUACAACUGGAAGGCUCUCAGUCCUGGAGAAUUGCUGACCAACCGUACGGAACGUCAGGAUGAAUUCCUUACAAGGCAGCAUUACUAGAGGAAAGAGUGAGGUAUUUCUCUUCCCUGAUUUUGAAGCCAAUUUUAGCGUAUUCCUCCUUGUUGUUACCACUCGCAGGUCUGGUUGCAGCAAUCUGGAACUUCUGGCGGAGCCCCUUGGAGUAGUACAGAAAUUUCUGAGGCGAGACAAUGAACAUCUGCAGAUGGUGCCAUGGCUGAUCAGGGCAGCUUGCUCUUGCGUUCAAUUGGAAGCGAGAUGUAAAGCUGGCAAGGGCAUUGAUAAAUCUUCUCGUUCGGCAAUUCUUCAAUUUUCAUGAUCUGCCACCGAACAGGUGUCAUUAUCUAUAUUAGCUGCC